UCUGCCUGUGGUAUUUUUAUCGCAGCUUCCGACACCUGUAGUUUCAGACUUUCAGUUGAUCAUGUCCUCCCACUCUGCUACAUACGUGAACACCACCUCCAAGUCCCCAACCAUCAUAAGAGUCCCGCAUUUCAGUUAGUAAUCAAUCCAAAUCAACAACCCAAAUCUAUCCCCGAUCCUGGAAGACCUUCGCCACACCGAUCGCCGAUCGACAAUGCCGAGGUCUUCCUCGGACUGCAACCCGUGCAGCGGCAUGCUCGCGCUCUUCAGGAAGCGGCCGAGGGCGCAGCAGCUGUCGCAGCCGCCGAAGCCGACGCUGCUCCGCCGCGCGUUCGGCAGGAUGACGACGAACCGCCGACGCCGGCGCCACCGCGCCAGCAGCUUCAGCUCCGUGCGCGCGGUCUUCUGGCCGCUCAUGUCCAUGGGGUCGGACAUCGACCGCGGCGAGGCCGGCGACCGGCCGCCGCGGAGCUCGUCCGCCGACAGCGGCGGCACCGCCGUGCGCGCGCCGUCGCCGUCCCUUGACACGCCCGCCGCGACCACCACGGCAGCGCGGGUGCUCGCGAUCCAGGCCCAGCUCGGCGAGGCCGCGGCGUCCUCGGCGCCGGUGAAGCCGACCACCACGGCGGGUGGCGCCGUGCGAGCGCUGCCGGCGACGCCCGACGCGCCAGCCGCGCAGACGGCCACGGCCGCGCGGGUGCUCGCGCUGCAGGCACGGCUCGGAUCGGCUGCGGUAUUCGCGGCGCCGACGAAGCCGAGCGGCACGGCGAUGCACCGUCUCAGCGACGUGGCCGCCGCCUGCGGCGACGGGGACGUGGAGGAGGCGUGCAGAGGCUUCGAGAGGCAGCUGAUGGAGAUGCUGGUGGAGGAGGCCAAGGUGGGAGACCUCAUGGACGUCGAGGAGCUCCUCGGCUGCUGGGAGGAUCUCAAGGCCCCGGUGUUCGUCCGGCUCGUCGGCCGCUUCUACGGCGACCUCUGCAUGGACCUAUUCGCCGGCCUCGACGACGACGUGUCGUCCGAGUCGUCUGAUGAUUCGACUGUUUGACCGCGCGCGCGCGGGGAUGCUUUUUGGGGUUUUCAGUUUUUUUCUUCUUCGCGCCGUGACAAGUGGAAUGUCAUAUUUUCAGAACAAAUUAUGAUUUGCCAAUCUGCUUUACGAAUACUCCACAGUAUUUUCACGUGUAAGGAUGAU